AGUCCCGCCCCUGCAGGGAUUGGCGCUGGGACAGAGCCCAGGUUCUUCGCAAACCCGGAAUGUGAGGCUUUGGCCUGGCGUUCGUCUGUUCCCGACCCCCCACUUUGCCCGGGCUGCUUCCGCUGCCACUGUCCCCAGCUCAGCCCCGGACGAGACAGGGCAGCCGUGCCCUUCUGCCGUGUGCCCGCGUGGCUGCCGCCGACCCUCCGAAUCCUCCGGGGCCGCAGAGGAGUUCGCUACGGAGGGAGGCGGGGGCCUUCGGGAGGAGGAGGCGGAGGAGGCGGAGGAGGAGGGAAGGAAGAUGGCGGCCGUGGAGCUAGAGUGGAUCCCCGAGACUCUCUAUAACACCGCCAUCUCCGCUGUCGUGGACAACUACAUCCGCUCCCGCCGCGACAUCCGCUCUUUGCCCGAGAACAUCCAGUUCGAUGUUUACUACAAGCUUUACCAACAGGGACGCUUAUGUCAACUGGGAAGUGAAUUUUGUGAAUUGGAAGUUUUUGCUAAAGUAUUGAGAGCUUUGGAUAAAAGACAUUUGCUUCAUCAUUGUUUUCAGGCUUUGAUGGAUCAUGGUGUUAAAGUUGCUUCUGUCUUGGCCUACUCAUUCAGUAGACGGUGCUCAUAUAUAGCAGAAUCAGAUGCUGCGGUAAAGGAAAAAGCCAUUCAAGUUGGCUUUGUUUUAGGUGGCUUUCUCUCAGAUGCAGGCUGGUACAGCGAUGCUGAGAAAGUUUUUCUUUCCUGCCUUCAGUUGUGUACUCUACAUGAUGAGAUGCUUCACUGGUUUCGUGCAGUAGAAUGUUGUGUGAGGCUGCUUCAUGUGCGAAAUGGAAAUUGUAAAUAUCAUUUGGGUGAAGAAACAUUUAAAUUAGCUCAGACAUAUAUGGAUAAACUAUCAAAACAUGGCCAGCAAGCAAACAAAGCUGCACUCUAUGGAGAACUGUGUGCACUCCUAUUUGCAAAAAGCCACUAUGAUGAGGCAUACAAAUGGUGCAUUGAGGCAAUGAAAGAAAUCACAGCAGGCUUACCAGUCAAAGUCGUGGUGGAUGUUUUAAGACAAGCUUCUAAGGCUUGUGUAGUAAAACGUGAAUUUAAGAAGGCAGAACAGUUAAUUAAACAUGCAGUGUAUUUGGCACGGGAUCAUUUUGGAUCCAAGCACCCAAAAUAUUCGGAUACACUGCUAGAUUAUGGGUUCUACUUGCUCAAUGUAGAUAAUAUCUGUCAGUCUGUUGCAAUUUAUCAGGCAGCUCUUGACAUUCGACAGUCAGUGUUUGGUGGCAAGAAUAUCCACGUAGCAACAGCUCAUGAAGACUUGGCUUAUUCUUCUUAUGUUCACCAGUAUAGCUCUGGGAAGUUUGACAAUGCACUAUUUCAUGCAGAAAGAGCUAUUGGUAUCAUUACCCACAUCCUACCUGAAGAUCAUCUUCUUUUGGCUUCUUCAAAGAGGGUGAAAGCACUUAUUUUAGAGGAGAUUGCAAUUGACUGUCAUAAUAAGGAAACUGAACAGAGGCUGCUUCAAGAAGCUCACGAUUUGCACCUGUCUUCACUUCAGCUAGCUAAAAAAGCUUUUGGGGAAUUUAACGUACAGACUGCAAAACACUAUGGAAACCUGGGACGACUCUAUCAGUCCAUGAGAAAAUUUAAGGAAGCUGAAGAAAUGCACAUCAAAGCAAUUCAGAUUAAAGAGCAACUUCUUGGUCAAGAAGAUUAUGAAGUAGCCCUUUCAGUGGGACAUCUGGCUUCUUUAUAUAAUUAUGACAUGAACCAAUAUGAAAAUGCUGAGAAACUUUAUUUGCGGUCUAUAGCAAUUGGGAAGAAACUCUUUGGUGAAGGCUACAGUGGACUAGAAUAUGAUUAUCGAGGCCUCAUUAAACUUUACAACUCCAUUGGAAAUUAUGAGAAAGUGUUUGAAUAUCACAAUGUUCUGUCUAACUGGAACCGGUUGCGAGAUCGGCAGUAUUCAGUCACCGACGCUCUUGAAGACGUCAACACCAGCCCCCAGUCCACUGAAGAAGUGGUGCAGUCCUUCCUGAUUUCUCAGAAUGUCGAGGGACCGAGCUGCUGAGGGAGGACCUCAGUUAACCAAUUACCUUUUCCCAGAUUCCAGGGAAUUCAUACUGUGAAAUCAAAACCAUGUUGUUUUUGGGGGCUGGAAUUUGCAUUGAAACACUGGUCCAGUCCAUUAAAAGCCCCAUUUGGGGUGACCCCUAUCUUGCAGAGUGCCCGUAGGAAUAAGCAUAUAUUCAGUUAUAUUCAGCAUGUACCGCAUGUAUAAGUAGUCUGGCCCACAUUUUCAACGUAGUAGAACAAACAACAGAAAAUCUUUUUUUUUUCUUUUUAAAAAGUAAUUCAUUUUGCAGAAAGCCUGAAAGAAAAAAAAAGAACCCCUAAAUAAAACUAUUUAAGAGUUUAAAA